AUUCAACAAGCGAACUUUACGCAGCGAUAAGUUUUUAAUCUCACCUUCUUGACAUGAUCGGUUGAAUGUCCCGAGCUGUUCUCAUCACCGGGGCCACCGGCAAGCAAGGCGGAGCCGUUGUCCAAGCUUUAGUGGCCAGCAGCCAAAAUGAUUUUCUGCUGUUAUGUGUCACUCGAGACAGUCAAUCAAAUCGAGCUCAGGGCCUACGAGAAAAGUCUCCGCGGAUUAGAAUUGUGCAGGGUGACCUGAAUGACGUCUCCGGGCUCUUCAGUGCCGCGCGCCAAGUGGCCGGGCCAGUCCCCAUCUGGGGAGUUUUCUCCGUCCAGGCUAUCAUGGGCAAAGAUGUCACUCCAAAGCAAGAGGUUGAACAAGGUGUAACGCUGAUCGAGGAGUCUAUCCGUGCCGGGGUCAGCUUCUUUGUCUAUUCCUCCGUGGAACGGGGAGGGGUGCAGCGCUCCUGGCAGAAUCCGACCACCAUCCCGCAUUUCCGAAACAAGCAUCAGAUUGAGCAGCAUCUUCGAGACUCAAUAUCGAGAACAAAUGGCUUGAUGGGGUGGACAAUAUUGCGACCGGUGGCCUUUAUGGAUACUUACGAACCCAAUCUCUUCGGCAAAGUCCUGAUGACUAUGGUCCGGGAUAACCUCACCGAACGACCCAUGCAAUGGGUUGCAGUCUCGGAUAUUGGAGUAUUUGCAGCCAAGGCAUUUGAAAAUCCCGAGGCUUGGAACCACAAGGCCAUCGGAUUGGCGGGGGACCAAGCCACCUUUGACCAGAUUGAUGCAGCGUUCCAUAAAGUCACAGGACGUAGAAUGGAGACUACAUUCGGCCUGUUUGGCAAGGCUCUGCGGUACGGCGUGCCUGAAGUCCGCAAGAUGAUGAACUGGAUGCAAGAGGAGGGCUACAAAGCAGAUAUCAACACGCUGCGAGAGGUUCAUCCGGAAUUGAAGGACUGGGAGGCUUUUUUCAGAGCCAGAUAUAUAUAGAGUGGCUUAACCUGAC